GUGCAAAGUCUAUCUCCUCAAGCCGUAUCCCUCCCCUUAGAGAUGAGACUAAGCCUUUUGACAGAACAGGUUUAGGCCACACUAAAUGAUCUUAACCUGUUCCAAAGUCCAACAGUUUGUCAGAUAGCCUGUCACUAUUUUAAAGCUUUGAACCUGAAAGGAUUUCCCUUCACAUCAGGAUGUGGUUUCAGUUUAAAAUGUUGAUUGCCCUGCUGGCUGUCACAACAAUUGGGGUGUUUUUGACGGCAAGUUAUACAGACUGGUCUGAGCUUAAAAUGCCAAACUCGUGUCGGUGUGAGAAAUGUUUUUCAAAAGAAAACGUGUUCCUUAAUCAACACCUGAACCGCUCCAUUGAACCGUUUCUGUCGGCAACGACCAUCCUCUCUGGAGACGAAUACGACUGGUGGCGGCGCUUACAGAGCAGCAGACACAACUUCAGCUACUUUAAAGCAACACUUGACAAACUGUUCAAGAUAAUCUCGCCCAGUCCUGUUCUUGAAAAACCCAAAACUGAGGGAUGCAGGUCUUGUGCAGUUGUUGGAAAUUCUGUGAACUUGAAAGGGUCGCAUUACGGACCCUUGAUAGAUUUCCAAGAUAUCGUUAUAAGAAUCAACCGCGCUCCAACCAAAGGCUUUGAGGAAGACGUGGGGGCGAGAACAACUCAUCGUGUCAUGUAUCCACAGAGUGGCUCGAUUUUAGAUAACUCUACUCAUCUCAUAAUGUUUCUUUUCAAGAUAAGAGACCUGGAGUGGCUCCUCAGGUCCUUCCCAACAGGAACUUCUGGAAAGCGAGUAAAAUCCAGAGCUAACAAAAAUUUGGUGAUGGUGCUGAAUCCAGCUUUUAUGAAGUAUGUUCAUCAGACGUGGCUGGGGAAGAAAGGAAGAUACCCGUCCACCGGCUUUAUGACCUUGAUUUCCGCACUUCACAUUUGUGAUGAGGUUCAUGUGUUUGGUUUUGGCGCUGACAGCAACGGAAGCUGGAGCCAUUACUGGCAAUCAGCGAAAAGCAAAAAGUUUAAAACUGGACAUCAUCCCGGAAAACAGGAGUAUGCAGCGAUAAACAAGUUGGCAGAUGAAAACACAAUCUACUUUUAUAUAGGAAAUUAUUGCUGA